GGCGGCGGCAGCGCGGGGCGCCCCGGGCUGGGGACGGCGGCGGCGGCGACGAGGGGACGGGGCUGCGGGCGCCUGAGGCGUUGGGCCCCCGCGCAGACCUGCCCGCGCCUCUCACCGCCCGCCUGCCCUUGCUCGCCGACGGUUCCUUUGCGAGCCCCGGCUUCCAGCGGACAAUGUCCCACCCGCGCGUGAGGCGCAACGGCUCCCCGACCCCGGCCACCUCCCUGGGGGGAGGAGGCGCGGCGGCGGCGGGCGGCGGAGCGGGAGCCAGCAGCCGCCUCCAGCCCAUGCGGGCCACGGUGCCCUUCCAGCUCAAGCAGCAGCAGCAGCAGCAGCAGCAACAUGGCAGCCCCACGAGGAGCGGCGGCGGCGCGAGUGCCCCGGGCGGGGGUCUCACACGCGCGGCGCCCGCCUCGCGCAGCAUCAGCCCCACGCGCGCGGCGCCCACCGGCAGCGGCAACGGCGGGCGCGGCGGCCCCGCCAUGGCCACGCAGACGCCGGGGGGAGGGGGAAGCGGCGCCGCCGCCUCGGCGGCCGCUGCCUCCUCGCGGGGCAGCCCCACGCGUGCCGGCGGGGCGCGGGGGAGCCCCCCGCGGCCCCACCACCUACCGCCGCCUCCUCCCCCGCCGCUGCCGGGUUGCGGGCCCUCACCUUGCUCUUCUCCGGUGCCUCCGCUGCCGGAGGGCAGCGCUACAGCGACGGGCAGGCUCCGGCACCGGCGGCACUCGCCGGAGCAAGGCCGGAGCUCCCCGGAGAGGAAGAGCCCCGGCUCCCCCGGCUGCAAAGCUGACAAAUCAAGGCCACCUUCAUCAAGCCCUUCCAGUAUUAUUCGCCGGACUUCCUCAUUGGAUACGCUUGCUGCUCCAUACCUUGCUGGACAGUGGCCUCGUGAUAAUCAUGGACAAGUCGCUCCAUGUAUGAGAGACAAAGCCACACAGACAGAAAGUGCCUGGGCUGAAGAAUAUUUAGAAAAGAAAAGAAGCUCACACAAACGUUCAGCAUCAUGGGGCAGCAAUGAUCAACUCAAGGAGAUUGCAAAAUUACGUCAACAGUUGCAAAGGAGCAAACACAGCAGUAGGCAUCAUCGGGAUAAAGACAGACAGUCUCCAUUUCAUGGUAACCAUGCAGCCAUUAACCAUAGUCAGGCUCCCAUCCCAAAGAGUGCUCUUGUUCCUGUGAUACCUAUUACCAAAUCAACAGGAUCACGAUUCCGUAACAGUGUAGAAGGACUGAAUCAGGAGAUUGAGAUAAUAAUUAAAGAGACGGGAGACAAAGAGGAACAGCUUGUUGCUCAAGAUAUUCCAGAUGGGCACCGUGCACCACCUCCAUUGGUUCAGCGUAGUAGUAGUACUCGCAGCAUUGAUACUCAAACACCUGGUGGAGCAGACAUGGGUAGUAACAACAGCAGCCGUUCCCAGUCAGUAUCUCCAACCUCAUUUCUUACCAUCUCUAAUGAAGGCAGUGAAGAAAGUCCAUGUUCUACAGAUGAUCUUGUUGCUGAUCCCAGAGAUAAAGAGAAUGGUAAUAAUUCUCCCCUGCCAAAAUAUGCUACCUCACCAAAACCCAACAACAGCUACAUGUUCAAGCGUGAACCUCCAGAGGGCUGUGAAAAGGUGAAAGUCUUUGAGGAAAGCUUGCCAAAAGCAUUGCAUGAAAUUCCAGCCUUCUACUGCCCUGACAAGAACAAAGUGAAUUUCAUUCCUAAAAGUGGCUCUGCUUUCUGUCUUGUCAGCAUCCUCAAGCCACUUCUUCCCACACAGGAUCUCACACUUAAGGGCACUACGCACAGCCUGACUGUCUCCUCUGGCAUGGCUCCCAGUUUGUUACAACCCAUUUCUAUGGCUUCCUUGUCUACAAACACAGAUCAAGACAGGAUCUCUCGUGGAACAAGUACAGUAAUACCACAGACCUCUAUACUUCAGCAAUCGGGACAUAUUGAGGAAGCUGAAGGAUAGAUUUAGAUUGUCUUGACAUUUUUCUGGGCAACUACUGGGAAAAAAAGUGGAACCAGUUGACUGGACCUUUCUGAUCACAAUUUGCAUUGUUUUAACAAUUUAUGGUACUGUCAUAAUUGAACUGUUUGUAUAAUUGACAGUUUGGUAGCACAUUGAGAAGUUCAGGAGGAUGCAGCAGCUGAUACCCUGUUGCACUUUCUGCUUAUGAAGAGUCUGGUUCUGUUUCUCUCCUGCUUUUUUAAACACUGGUGAAAACAAAGACUGUCAUAAUCCUUUGCUAUUUAAAGGACCAGUUGUUGUGAUGCUGUGUGUCCUUUGUUUUUUUUCCCAUUAAAACAAAGAUCUCAAGACCAACCAGCUGAUCCCAUUUACCAUUGUAAUCUGCAGAGGGAGGGGCAAUCUGAUGGUUUUGCAAGAUGUCUUUUGUAUGAAAAUGUGUAUUUUGUAACAAAAAUUUGCCUUUUCUGGUGCGUAGCAGAUGAUAUUUAGAAGACACUUCCCUGGUGAUGGAUCCCCUCCUCGCUCUUAUUUUUACUUUUUUGUAGGGAAGGUUCUUUUAACUUGGCUGUUUUACAGCUGCUGGGACCAAAGGAUUGCUGAAGUAUUUCAGCAGUCUCAAAUUACAUGACCUUGCUGAACAGCCUCAGCCCUAAACAGAAUAAGACAAGUUAAUACGCUGGAAACUUUUAAAACAGAAAAGUAUCCAAAAAGUAGUGUUAGUAUAUAGUGUACAUUUUUUUUAUAUCAGAAGUUUAUGCUUCAGGUAAGUCAUGUUCUUAAAACUCCUUUCUUCACAGAAUUCCCACCAAUGUUGAUAUAUUGGCUGGAAAAUUGCAUUUUAAAGCACUUGCCCCUGUAUUGUUCUAUUUGUCCGUAGGAUUUUUGUGCAGGGUUGGGGAAAAAACAUGUUAUUCUCUUACUCGGUAUUCUUUCUUCCAGAAAAUAUGCUACUUGCCUCUUACGGGCUUGCUUGGCUACUUAAGGAGUUAGUCAGCCUGAAUCAUUAAUCACUCUUGGCACAAGUUUGCUCUGAUGUGACUCAUCACUGUAUUAUAGACCCUGGCCACAUAAUACUGAAAUAUCUGUGCAUGAUUUUUUCCCUUUUGUCAUAGUGGUGUUUUGUGUGUCUGUUAAAGGUGAUGGUUUGUCAGGCAUGGUAUCCGUUACACAGAAGUUGACAGCAGCAGAUACAUUCUCCCUUUUUGACUAGCAAAUUAGGCUGGCAUGUAAAACAGAAGAUUUUUUUGGUACCUGGUCUGUCCUGAUAUGCAGCAGUUUGUGGUUCCUUUGAAAUGAUAAUAAAAGAUGAAAAUGGGGGGGAAAGGCAAUUGCAAACAGCAAUUGUUCAGUGACUUCAGUGGGGUUUCUUAUGCCUCCCUGGAGUGCAUUACUUGGGUUUGAGUAAAUACAAUAUAGGUAUCCAAAAACCUACAGUGACCUGAAUACCAGUGUCAUAUCAACUGAUAAAAUGAGUUGACCUUGUACUUCUUUUACAGAGUUAGAUGCAGUAAUUUCAAUUUAAAUGUCAUUGUGAACAGUCUGGAUCUGAAUAUUGGUCUGUUACACGUGAGCAGUUCUCGCUGGUUUCCAUAUACAUAGCUUCCAUGGAUCAGUUCCAUACUCAGGUCCCCUCAUAACUGCAUUUAUUUAAGGAUCAUAGUGCAAAUACAACAAUUUUGUUCAGUGCUUAAUAUGGUAAAUUUGGUUGUAAACAUUUCACUUGGGAGAAAAAAAGUCCUGCAUACUUGUGCAGAUAAUAGUCAUUGUUUUUAUGCACGUUUACUGUUCCUUUAAAUCCUGCAUAAAUAAGUGAUAGCAACGUACUUUACUCAGCAACUAAAUGUAAAUCACACUAGCAUGCGCAAGUCCUGUGUUCAUAUAGUAUAAUGAGCCCCUUCUUAAAACAUUAUGCAAAAAUUCUGCAAGUGAAAGAUGUAUCAGGAAGUCCUAAAAUAUUAGACCUGUUAAAUUGGUUUAUUAUCAUUCUUCCCAUCCAAACAUAGGAUUAUGCAGAUGGGACUAAAGAACUCUGUUUUGACGUAACAGCUAUGAUACACUGAAGAAGUUGUUGAGGGACAGAGUUUUAAAAUAAGUGGCUUUGUGCAUCAAAUUUGUGUAAUUUGGCCAGUUGGUAAUUAUUUUCUGUUUUUUUGUGGAUAUUAGUUUCUUCUGAAACAGUUAACAGUGCAAUUUGAAGUCUAAAAUUUACUGCUUUAGAUGGAUUUGUUUAAACCUAGAAUGACUGGAUUCAUGGAAGAUCAGAUCAUUCAGGUGAAGGAAGUGCUUGUAAGUCUGUUUUCUAUUUCUUUAACAGUAGCAUGUAAAGAGCUUCUCCAUCAAUGCCAAACUACCUAGUGCUUUAUCAGGAGAUCUUAACUUGAAUGGUUAAGAACCUAAGGGCUAACGUUAAAAAAGAGCCUUUAUUACAGCCUUGAGACUUAACUGACUUCACCAAAACUGCAUUCUGAUGUUUGUUUUUGUUGUGACUCUCCCAAAUAGCAGUGGGCUUUCUUACCCUAGGACUUUCUUUUGCACCUGUUGUUGUAGUACUUGAGCAUCCUUUUGGUAGUUUACGUUGUAUGUUAUUGGAAAGUGUACUGUACAAAUUAGUGAGCUGCUCUGAUAAAAACCAAAUGUAAAUGUGUGAGGAUUUUGCUUUUUAUAAAAAUAAACUGCAUUCAGGACAUCAGUCUUUUUUUAUAUGCAGGACAACUCUUCUAUUGCUGUGACAGCUUUACUUUAUUAUGAAUCCACACUAAAGACUCACAAUUAAGAAGAUAUGACAGCUCUUGUUCUGAGACCAGCUUUUAGAUAUGUGCGUACAAAAAUUAACCUUAAACUUUUUAUGUGCUGUCUUGUGCCAUAGCAGAGCUGUUGGAUAAAGUAUUUAAAUCAAUUUCAAAAUAGCCUUGAGAGUGCAUGGAGCUUUUUUAAAAUUCUGUUAUGUAUAGAGUGGGGUAUUCAGUUUUGGGGGGGGGGGGGGUUGACCCAUGCAUUGCUCAAGCAGUUUUACUGAAAAAGUUCAAGUUCUUUUGGCAUACUUUAAAUCUGAACUAUGCAUAGACCUAGUCAGUUCCUUGAUUGCCUACUUUGUAGCAGAAGAAAAAUUAAAGGUCUAUUUUUAUGUGCAA